UAUGUUCGUGUCUGGCGAACCCAUUCAGUACUUCUCACGGCACCGGGGACACAUGGUGCGGUCGCGACCACAAGCCGUUUCCGCGAGUGGUACACACGCAUAUGAGCGGCGCGACGAAGAAGUGCAGCAAGCUCCGAAAGAUAAGCCCGCUGAGGAAGUCAAGGAAGAGCGAAGGAUACAGCGAGAAGAGAGAUAGAAGCGGGAUAAGUGCGAAAAGUAACAUUAAAUUUUAUUCUCUGGAGAAAAGACAUUUGUCAAAAUAUAUUGGACAUAAUUGAAAACUCUUCAAAGAAAUCUAUUUUCCACAAGGAUUGAAAACUUAUUAAAAAAAUGUAAUAUGUUAAAUAAUGUAUGUUUUUUAAUUGUAAUAAGAAAAACUGUUGAAGUAAAAAUGUUUAGAAAAGUGCAAUUGAAAAUGAAAAAGAGAGAGUGAAGAGGCGGAUGCUGAUUGGCUAUAUAUUAUUAUUAAAAAAAUUCUUUUUAAAUUUUUAAAAAAUUUUCACUCAAAGAUGUACAACGCGGAAAAUUAGUGCGUGUUCAAGGAAAUACAAUAGGAGGAAAAAAAACUGCGUUACGGAAACUGCGACGAUUCUCGCACGAACACUUCCGGCAACCGCGUGAUCCGCGAAAAGUUUGGUUCCGUGCCGAUUAUGACAGCGCGAUGCUGUGAACGUUCUUAUUGAUAAAGCGAGUUAUUCUGUGUCAACUCGCGCUCUCAUCUCUGAAUGCGAGUUGGCGAUCCUUGAACAGUGCUAUCGCGUAUAAUUUAAACGCACAUAGAAAAAGAGGAAGAGAGAAACAUCAGAUCGGAAGAUAAGAAAAGAGGAGGAAGAUACACAAGGUCGAACGAAACAAGGCAAAUCAGAAGUGUUUUUGGAUUGCUAUCACAAAGACCUAACAAGGGAGACUGGCCGUGAACGGGAGUUUUUUUCCCGUUAACUUCGACGAGGCGAGAAGAAAGGAGGGAAAGCAAAAAUUUCGACGCGAGUUUUUGCAAAAAUCUCUCACGGUUACCGGGACCGCGAAUUAGGCGAUAAAUAAAUCAGGUGAACAACAAUGAGAUGUUUCGAGUGAUUUUUUAAUCAUUUUGUUGAUAAAAACAAUCGACCAAAAUAAACAAAGGAAGAUGGUAUAUCGGGGCAGUUUACAAACAGACGAUCCCAGAGAUGCGCCGAAGUUGGUCCGGAUAUCUCCGCUGCGUAGCAGCAGGCAAAUAAAUUCUACCGGGCCGAAUUUACGAGCCGCCGGUUCUGUUAAGGGCCCGUCUUAUCAUAGCUCGUACGCGAUGCCGAUCGACGCCCAUCGGGCGCGAUUGAUCGAGGAAAGGCGAUUAGGUCGUGAGCGGGAUAUCGAGUCGGUCGAAAAGGUGAUCAUGAAGACUACCGGUAUGAAGAUCGGGACGCCGAGGUUGCGCAACAUUAAUCAAAUUCGCGAGACCGUCUUCGUGGACCAGUCGCUUACGCCGAUGGACCAGAUCGGCAAGUCGGAAUCGAGAAAUCGACCGCGCAGCGUCGCCGUCGGCCUCGAGGAGGGUAAUCCUAGAAUAUCGAGGACCCACAGUUCUCUUCUGGCAGACUUAAAAGACUUGGAGAGACUGAGAAACGCUCCACCGAAAGAUCACAGAGGUCCUUCGCAGAGGACAGAAGGCUCGGAGUCGAAAUUGAUUUUGAAUAAAAAAUACGACGCGCCGGCUUCAGCCAAGAUCCGAUCGGAUAUCUUCAGAAUCCAGCAGAUGUUCCAGUCUGCGGAUCCUUCAUCAAAGACGGUGAUCAGGAGUAGCGACAGGAAAAUCAAGAACGAUGCGGAGAAGGAAAGAAAAUCUGGAACAGAGAUGAACAAGACUCGGUUGCUGGCGCAAAAACUUCUGGAAGCGUCGAGGAGUAAUCGGGAAUCUUCGAAGGAUCAAUGUAACAAUUCAAAGAAUGUGUCUAAUAGAGUGUCGAACAAGGAAACAAAAGGAAAGGCAUCGAAUAAAGUCCGUCAAGAAAAGAUUUUGGAGGAGGAUUCGAAAGAUAAGCGCAAAACGACCAAGCAGAAAGAAGAAACAAAUUGGGACGAUCAACCGCGUCCGCCUGUUCGCAGGAGGCGAAACUCGAAGAAUCGAGGAUGGAAAGAUGCAGAUCCUUACGCGGACGAAUGUGAGGAUCGUGGGUUUGGUGAUCCUCUCGGUCACAAGGAGGACUCGCCGAACGGCACCACAAGUACGGAAGAGAAUUCCAAGGCCAGUUCUAAUCUGGAAAGACCGGAUAUUCUGGAUGGGCUGUUGAAGGAGUCCGACCGGCAGCUGGCGGACCUGAAGAGCGAUCUCGGCGAGAGACGCUCGCGGAGUCACUGGCGAGGAUUCGUGCAAUCCAUGAGGUUGCACGACGUGGAGCUUCAUUCUGACAGCGAGGACCAGCGAAAGGACUUGAACCUGUGGAACAAGAGUAUCAGUCAGCGCUGGCGGAAGCUGCGACGAAGAUGCUCCGUGCAGGAGUCGUCGGAGCCGCAGGAAGCGUUGAUACAGGGUGGCGGGAAUCACGGUGUUAUACACGCGGUGAGGUCGACACCGGCUAGCAGAGAGGCCUCGCCGGCCGCGAAGAGUCUUCAGGAUGGAAGUUCGAAGAAACUGUUGCAGACUAGUUCUUUGAGGCUGCCAGGCACGACGAAGGGAAUUGCCGAUAUCCAGCACGUGCUUCGCAGUAAAUUCAGCAAGAUAAAUGCUGGCAUCAGGAAGCGGAAGGCCCUCAGCGUGACGGAGGUGUUCCCUCCGCAAAAGGACAAUGCCUCGAAUUUUUACGUGCCAAGUCCACUCACUUCGUCGUCGUCCAAUCAGACCUUUGAGGAGAAUCGUUUCGACUCGAGCGAACCCACGUCCCUUCCGCCCUAUCCCUUUCACGACAAUCUGGAGACCCUGGCGGAGAGCAGUGCUCCAAACUCACCUCAUUGCGGUCCUCUUACUGGCAAUGGCAACGCCUUCACUUAUUCUCAAGACAGCUAUGAGCAGAAGGAUCUCUACGAGAACGUGAUGUUCUCAAGAUGCUCGCCGUCGUCCUGCUGUCCGAGAACUCGUCCCGUUCUUCAACGCAGCAAUUCAGAAAAUCGCGAUGCCAGUGUACACGAUCAUUCUUACGAGAACGUACGUUUUCAGCGUCAAGGCGGUCACAGGGAAGAUUUGAUCUCGAGCAGUCCUUACGCGGGAAGACACCUGGCCAGAAGCAAUUCCGAGACCAGAGAGCACUCGUACGAGAACGUGCACUUUCAGAAGGGCGCUAAGACUAGGAAUCAGUCGGAGCCGUCAUUCGAGGAGAUACAUAUACCUAGAGUAACGCCGAGGAAGAGGUCCACCGACUUCAAGGUUGGCGGACAAGUGAACAAUUAUACGAGCGAGGCUACAUUGAGCGCCGGCGGUGGUAACAAAGACGAUGCACCGUGCAGUCUGGGUGCUGACAGGAGUCCUGGUAAGAGGAACCCGAGAAGACUCAACAGCAGAAGCGUCGCGAAUAUCCCUAGCUCUUCGGGCGCGAACUUGAAGACUUGGCAAGGUACUCAAGAUGCGGAUGAAGGUUUAAAUACGGACUCGGAACUUGAAGACAUCGACGAGGGCACCGAGAGCGAGGAAUCGCGCUUUUGUACCUUGCCAAGACCUGGCAAGAACGGUGCGUCCUUCACGAUAUUGACCGCUAGAUUUCACAAAGGUCCCGGUCAUAAGGGACUCGGUUUCAGUAUCGUGGGCGGUACCGACAGUCCUCGCGGAAAUAUGGGCAUUUACGUGAAAACCGUUUUUCCCAACGGCCAAGCCGCCGAUCUAGGCGCUGUCAAGGAAGGGGACGAAAUUUUAUCGAUAAAUUCGAAACCUCUUCAUGGUAUGACCCACGCCGAGGCUAUCGCUGAAUUCAAGUCCGUAAAGGCCGGGGAUGUUGUCCUGCACGUAGGACGACGCGUAAAUAAAAAGAAGAGAGAAUCCUUGACUCUGGCUCCGGUUAAUCCUCCCGUUCCAAGACAACCCGUCAAUUAAAUUCGGGUAAAAAUCGUGGCAAUGGACGAUUUUCCUAACUGCCGCACUUUCGUAAACUUAAUCUCUUUCACAUUUCACAAAUAUUCAUAAUAUAGCAAUAUCGAUAAUUAUUGCUGGCAAUAAUGCGAUAAAUUGAAGUAUAAUAGAUCGUCAUUAGCCACUCUCUUGACUCUCGUUUUGUGAGACAAAUUUAAAAUUCUACAUCUUAUAUUAUAAUUUUAUUUUUAGUUUUUUUUUUGUACUCGAUUAAGUUUUUCUUCCUGAAAAUAGCAAAAUUUGAGGCAUUAAAAAGAAAUGGACGCAAGACUUGAGAGAGCGGAGCUAGAAAAAGCGGAUUUAUAUUUGUCUCACAUUUUUGCGAUUAAGAUUUUGAAGGGAGGAUGAUAAAAUUAUCAGCUCAUUUUUGCGUCUGCGGUAAGUUUCAAUGAAAUUAUUAAAAAAUUCGUUGUAUAUUCAAAACAAGGAUGGAGCCAAAACAACGAGAAGUGCUUAGGAUCAUGAAUGAAGGCAUUAUCAAGAGAUUUACGCUUCAUUUUAUCGACAUAAGACCGAUGAUCGCUCAUAAAGAGACCGAAUCAGUAAUAAGCAAUGUAUCUGACCUCACAUAAUCAAACGUUGAAGCGGAUG